UAUUCGAACGGAUUGCUCGUUAUCAUUGUCUGUCCAAGAUCAACGAGAGGCAGUUACCAUCACUGAAUGUUGGAUAUUUUUUUCGAGGGUGCAUGGUGCAACUCAGAAGACUGUAAACACCGUAUUUUAAAAACGGAGGCGGCUGUUCCCCUUUAAAUGAACGAACUGCCUGUACAAUUUAUUAAUGACAUUUGCUUGAUAAUAAUUUACGAUGGAAAUGAAGUCAGUACCCUGCCCAGUGUGUGGUGGUUCAGAGUACUACAAGGAUUCUGGGUUUUACUUCUGUACAGAAUGUCAAACUCAGUCACAGGAGCUGCAUGAACAAGUUUAUGAGUACAGUUUUACUGGUAUUGCAAAUACAAGCACAAGAGUUCUUAAAAAAAGUUGUAAUACAGAAAAAGAAAAAUCUGAUGGAACAGAUGAAUGGACAUCAUGGGAAUAUUAUAACUUCAUAUUGAAAGGUUUAGUUGAUGAGUUGAUUGGCCUUGGAGCCAACAGGGCACUUAAAAUUGUUGUACUGCAGUUGUGGGCUACAUACCUCAAGAAACUUGAGGUGGCUUUUACAUCAGUCACAAAAACAAACAUACCUAAAUUGGGAAUUAACUACCAUCCCAGAGAUGCAAAAGUACUAUAUGGCUAUGUUGUUAAGGAGAAGAAGCGGAGCAAGAAAAAAGCACCCAAGAGAUCCAUUUCAGAGAUAUCUGUGGCUACUUUUUCAGUAAACUUCAGUGACUCUGAUCCUAACUUUGCUAAACGUCGUCUUCGUAAAACUAAAAAAAUACUCGUUGAGGAGGACUAUGGCAAGCGUGCUGAAUCAUCGGUUGAUGUGAUGAGUGAGUUUAAUGAAAGUAUGAGGAGCCUUGAAACAUCGUCUAGGGGACAAGUAAUGUCUGAUCAUGAAACGGUCCCAGACUGUCCAAGGCUUGAAUUUUCAUCUGCAGCGUGUCAGCUACGUUCUGAGCUGUACAAAAAACGUGAUUUAUCUUCUGGCAAAGCAAGCAGCAGCAGCAAGAGAAUAAGUAGCUGUAAAGUUCUAAAGUCAACGAAUCCAAAAAUUAUUUCACGCAUCAAAUUAUUGGCAAUUCUGCAUAUAGCUCUGAGAAUUUUACAGGAAAAUAUAUAUCUGAGUGAUUUAUUGAGGUGGGUAGAAGAAGGUGAACUGUCAUUCUAUGAAAUAACUCAUUUCCUCCCUCAAGAUGUUAAACUGAAAGGCCAUGAUCUCAUGACAUUUGGCCUCUCUAGUAAAAGACCUUCGUAUAUUGGCAUAAGCACAACAGCAAAAGAAUUGGCAGUGUAUUUAGAAGCCACUCGUAUGCCAACGCCUGAUUUGUUGUCUCUGGCCAGAAGGUAUAUUGAUGAAUUACAGCUACCAGCUGAAAUUGGGAAAUAUGUGGAGUGCAUAAUGGGAAUUUUACCUCCACCAUUGGAAUUCAACAGGCCUCUCAAACAUUUUCCCAACUAUGAGGGUCGUGCAAUGGCAUUCAUAAUAUUUAUCCUUAAACUUCUACUUGGACUUGAUGGAAAGACUGAAUAUGAGAUAUCAAAAGUCACCAGGAAACUUAAUGAGUUGUCUGGAAAAUCUGCAGCAAUGACAAGGUUAUUUGUGUGGGAAGAAUGGGUACAGUACAUUGAGUGUCGCAAGUCUGUUCUUGCUCGUUUUCACUUUCCUACACAGGCGACACAUCACCAAGGGGAAUUCAGCGACCCUGGCUGUUAUGUCAGGUUUUGGGAAAGAAUGAAGGCAAAGGAUUACAAGAGACAUGAAAGAUUACAGUUCGGAAAAAUAUCUAAAAUUAAUCCUGACUUUGUAAGUGCCAUGAAGCAUGUUUUCCUGAAGUUACUGGAAGAGGAUACGGGUGAUGAUCAUACAGUGAACUUUGUUCCAUCGCUUACUCCGCAAAAAGCAAAUCUGAAGGCCAUUUUUGCAUCUCAGCCAUCAGUUUUUAAGUGUGUAGCACCAGAAAUACCAUCUUCUGCUGAUAUACUGAAACAAGAUUUCACUAAAACAACAUUGCAGCACUUAAUAAAACCUGAACAAUAUAUUGCAAUGGCCCAUGACAAAGGAAUAAAAAUUAUUGUUCAGAAGAGAAGUGCCCAGAAUCAAGUGAGACAAGUUCAUAAAAUGAAAAAAGAGUUUGAGAGUAGAUGGGACAGAAUAUAUGAAAUUGUGGAUUCAGAAAAGAAAGUUCCAUGUAGUAGUCAUGGUGAGAAGAAAAAGAGAACAUCAAGGAGUGAAAUGAGCUCCAAGAAACAUGGUGUAUUGCCCGAUACGAGUUCCUGUACAGACAGAUUUUUUCAACGGUCACGUACAUUUGGUCAUUUACCACUUGUUGCAGAACAUAUGUUACUAAAUCAUUUGAAAAAUAAUGGCGUUCCGUUGAGCUCCAACAAUUAUGGUGCAGGUGUUAGUUGGGUAGACAGCAGUGAUGAAAACUCAGGUUCUUCCAGAUCCACUGAAAAUGAAGGUAUUUUGAAGAGGCACUCAAAAGAAAAUGAUGUUUCUAGUAAAUUAGAUAGCCAUAUGUUUCAUAAAUCCAAAAAAGUAGAUCAGCCUGUACACUUAAAGAAGGUUUUGUUGAAAUGUUCAAAAAAAAGAAAUUUUAAAUUAAGUGCUGUGGGUGAAAGUAAAGAGUAUGUAUUGUAUCUUCCAUACGUGGAAUAUUGGCUAAAUGAAGUUAGUACAAAAGUUCAGGCUUUUGAGGAGUUUGAAAGAAAAGUUGUUAUUCAAUUCCCACCUUCUUUUCGGUGGUUGCUAACAGAAUGUGCAAGGAUGCUUCAAAUGACAAUCCAAGAUUUGUAUUAUGAACUACUGGAUGUUGAAUUAGCAUACUGUCAUUAGCUUUGGGUCCCUAGAUAAGUCCCUGAGUGAGGAGUUGCAAAAAAAUAUUAAAGUGUACUGGUAACACACAAUCGGUGGUUACAGUAAUGCUUGACCACGCAUGUCGACUACAGGGAAACAAGGGGAGAAUUACACUUUUAAAAUUACAUGCAUAUUGCAGAUAAUGGCUCCGAAUGAAACUCUUUUCAGGAAUCAACUGUUCUUGAGGUAUAGAAUUAUAUUUUCUCUUUUAGUAAUCCAUGUGUAUUUAUUUGUAUACAUAAUGUUAAUGAAAGCAUUAAAGUGAUUAUUCUUUUAAAAA